AAGGUGGAUUACAGCUCUGAUUUACUUGUUCUCUACCAAACUUCGAAUCACCCGACUUGGCCAACUGACUCCCGCAAAGGAAAUUCAUUUCAGAAAUGGAUGGAAGUGCUCGAAACGCGGAAUGUUACUUUCGAAGAAUUCACUCAAAAGACCGGCACGGAAGUUCUACGCCGUUCCAUGCAGCGUUUCCAACGUACCACCUUCAAUGAGGACUUGGUUAUCAAGACCAAACUAAGAACUUCUUGGAUUUCUCAAAUGCAAAUAUGUUUCCAACCGCUCUUCGACGGGGACAACUUUUACGAAAUUGAGGAUCAAGGGAACUUCUUCACCAUGUUGUUAUCUCACAACGCUGAAAAUCUCGAUGGAGAACACCUUGAAUGUAUGAGUGUUGACUUUCAUGGGCGCCCUUCAUCGCUCAACCGAUUCAUGGAGGGCAAGGGAAGAGCCCGAGACGGAUUCACAUUUGAGCUAUGUGCCGGUCAGCGUCACGAAGUCACCGUCGAAGUUCGAGCAUUAUAUCAAAUGCUCGAGAAUGAUGAACCUGGAACGGCGUGCCGAAAUGUUGAAGACGGGGAGGACGGCGAAUUUGAUUGCAGAUCCCGUUGUCGCAUGGAAAUGAUUCGGGGCAUGUGCAAGUGCACCCCACUAUCACUUAGCUAUCUUGCGCAGGACGACUUGGAUACUUACCCGCUUUGUGACUACACGAAAUGUGAAGUUGACGUACAAAAAGGUAACUAUUCGGACUCCGAAUGUGCUAAACGAUGCUAUCGCGAUUGCCGUCAAAUCCGGUACGAGAUUGACCACGAGGUUCAAGGAAGAAUGGUCCGACCUGGUGAGAAUGAAUUUACGUGA